AUGGAGGAAAUGCGUGGCAGAGAGGGUCGCGUGGUGAAGUGGCGGGCUGACAGCAGCCUUCGGUGUACAUGCCGAAAGACACGGAGGCAACAAUGGGAGCUCGAGGUGGAAGGAGGACCGCGUGGAGCGGCAGCUGGACAGCAAUAUAAUGAUGGUUCUUUUAUGGCACUAUUGGUGUAUAUUGAUGAUAUUGUCAUUGCCUCUAAUAAUUCCACAUCUGUUGCUGACCUUAAGGAAUUUCUGAAUUUACAUUUCAAGCUGAAAGAUCUUGGCAAUUUGAGGUAUUUUUUGGGUCUUGAGGUGGCAAGAUCUGCUAAAGGUAUUUCUCUUUCUCAGAGAAAAUAUGCCCUUGAGAUUGUUACUGAUUCUGGUUUUCUUGUUGCUAAGCCAGCCACUUCUCCUAUGGAUCAGAAUUUACGAUUGUCCAAAACUGAAACUUCUGACCUUUUACUUGAUGAUCCAACAUCUUAUAGAAGGUUAAUUGGUAUACUCCUUUAUUUGACACUCACUAGGCCUGACAUUUCUUAUUCUGUGAAUACUUUAAGUCAGUUUUUGGAUCAUCCACGCCAAUCUCAUCAUGAUGCUACUCUUAGAGUUGUAAGAUAUGUUAAGGCUAUUGCUGGUCAAGGGCUGUUCUGUCCCAAUUCAUCCUCUCUAAAGCUGAAAGGUUUUUGUGACUCAGACUGGGCCACUUGUCCUAAUUCCAGAAGAUCCAUCACUGGUUUCUGCAUCUCCCUUGGUGAUUCACUGAUUUCAUGGAAGUCCAAGAAACAAGUGACUUUUUCAAGAUCCUCUGCUGAAGCUGAGAAUCAUUCAAUGGCUUCUACUUGCUACGAAAUAAAAUGGCUCACUGCUUUACUUGCUGAUUUCAGAAUUGUUUUUUCUUCUCCAUCUGUUUUGUACUAUGAUAGUCAAGCAGCUUUACAUACUGCUGUUAAUCUCGUUUUUCAUGAGAGAACAAAACAAAUUGAGAUAGAUUGUCAUUUAGUUAGAGACUUGAUUCAAAAUGGCACUAUUUUGGCUGUAUUUUUGUAG